AUGGCUGAUGUUCCCCCGCCCUCCCCAUCCGAACUUUUAAGGAUGGUGACCGAGCUUCAACAAGCAAACCAAAGAAUGGCGGAGGACAACCAGAGAAUGCAAAAUCAAAUUGCACAAUUAGUACAAGCUCGCUUGGAACACAAUGAUAACAAUCAUGAGAAUAAUGAACGAACCCAUGUUUCCGAGACACCACAAACUGACAAUGAAGGAGAUCAUCACGAUGAAGAGGGCCAGCCGGAUAAUGAGGACGAACGACCUGAUAACUCAACGGGGCCGUUCACAGCAGACAUAAUGAAUUUCCAACUUCCUAGACAAUUCACCCUCCCGUCAACCCUAACCCCAUAUGAUGGGCUGGGCGAUCCAAAGCAGCAUGUCAAGAAAUUCCGAUCUAUCAUGAUCGUUAACGGUGCAUCUGAUCCAAUUCUUUGUCGAUGUUUUCCAUCUUUUUUAGACGGACCUGCACUUGACUGGUUUUGUUCUUUGCCUGCAGAUUCGAUAUCUCGCUUUCAGGAGUUAGCUGCCCAAUUCGAAGAUCAUUUUGCAGCAUCCGCAAUAUACCUCCAUGACUCUGACUAUUUGACGACCAUCAAACAGGGACCGCAAGAAAGCUUGAAGGACUACAUUACUCGGUUUACCAAGAUAGCCAUGAGGAUCCCAGAUCUCCACCCAGAAGUCCAUCUCCACGCCAUUAAAAGUGGCCUUCGUCCCGGAAAAUUUCAGGAAACCAUCGCCGUAACAAAGCCCAAAACUUUGGCCGAGUUCCGUGAAAAGGCCAAAGGUCAAAUCGACGUUGAAGAACUCAGGCUGGCGAGGAGAUCAGAAAAAUCGGCCAUCAAUAAGGAGGAUGAUAAGAGCAGAGAGAGCAAGAAACCAUUCAAGCCGGUCCCACGCUACGACUCCUACACUCAGUUCAACACAAAAAGAGAUGACAUUAUCAAGGAGAUUCUCAAUUCUAAGUUGAUAAAACCUCCACGCAAAGCAGGCAAUUACCCAGAGCCAAAAGGACUUGACAGAUCCAAGUAUUGCACUUUUCAUCAAAAGCACGGACACACGACUGAUGAGUGCAUCAUCGCCAAAGAUCUCCUCGAACGACUAGCAAGGCAAGGCCACCUGGACAAAUUUAUUUCAGGGCAUAUUCAGAAGAACACUCCUGCCCCAGACACGUCAACUGCAAACACCUCCGCUAAAGGGAAAGAAAAGGCACCGUCCCAACCAAGAGGUGUAAUAAAUUGCAUUUCAGGGGGCUACGCAGGAGGCGGCCACACAAGCUCGGCCCGAAAGCACACGUACCGAGCUAUGUUGACGGUCGCAGACGGAAUAAAUGAUUCCCAGCCGUUGAUAGAUGUCCCAGAGGUGACUUUUCGACCAACCGACUUUAACGGUGUCAGCAGCAACCUCGAUGAUCCAGUCGUAAUCUCCAUCCAGCUAGGAGACCUCAUAGUAAAGAAAGUCUUACUCGAUCUGGGAAGCAGUGCCGAUGUCUUAUUCCAUACAACCUUCGAAAAGAUGAAGCUGAGCAGUAAUAUACUACAACCAUACUUCGGGGACCUGGUCGGAUUUUCCGGAGAACGAGUUCCAGUACUUGGAUCAGUGUGGUUACAAACCACACUCGGUGAGCAACAAUUACAUAAGACACAAGAUAUCCAAUAUCUAGUGGUCGAUUGUUUUAGCCCUUAUAAUAUCAUUCUGGGUAGACCUUUUUUAAAUAAAUUUGCUGCAAUCGUAUCUACUAUUCACCUUUGUGUCAAGUUUCCUGUGCAGGACAAUCUCGUAGGUACAGUUCACGGCGACCUCCAGGAAGCCCGACAAUGUUACAAUAUGAGCUUAAAGCCACCCAAAAGGCUCGGACGACAACAAGUUAAUUCCAUAAAAUCCGAGCCAAUAACGUCAGCCGAGUUAGACCCCCGAGCCGACUUUGAAGAUCGGCCGAUGCCAAACGAAGACUUGACGAAGAUAACAUUGGGCAAUGAUCCGAUGAAGUUCACCUUCGUCGGCACUUCCCUCACUCCAGAAUACAAGGAGAGCCUUGAAAGUUUCCUCCGAGAAAAUUCCGACCUAUUUGCAUGGACUUCUGCUGACAUGCCGGGAAUAGAUCCGUCGGUUAUAACACACAAAUUAGCAUUAAACCCAGCAGCCCGACCAAUCUCUUAG